AGCCUGUAGUGCGUGAUGCAUAUUCAUAUACUGUCAACAGUCUCCUCCACUGCAGCGGGCGACGUGCUGACGUCACGGCCGUGCGUCGCUGUGGAGGAAUGUGCGGAAACUUCUGAGGACUUUUGUUUGUUGUUCGUUCGUCGAAGGAAAAAGUUUAAAUCUGGAGAAAAGAGUUUCGGAUCGCAGCGAAGUUGUUGCCGGGGAGUCGACAGGUCAGCUGGAGUCGUCAUGGCCGCUCAGACCUUGUUUUCGGUGGAGAUGUUUCCCGUGGGCGUGUCCAUGAUGGAGGACGUGUCCCGGGGUACGCUGCCCCCCCCUCAGCUGGUGAUGCUGGCCAAUGUGGCGGCGGCGGAGAGCGGCGGCGCUGACGGCAGCAUGGCGGACGAGAAGGAGAUGAUGGAGCUGAAGACGGUGGGAAGCAGCUACUCAGACAGCGAGGACGAGAGUAUCAUCAGGUACAGCUAUGACAACCAGAACCACAGAGAGGUCUGUAUCAUCGAGUACCCCGAGUCUCCGGGCCCUGCCGUCGACAUGGCAGUGGGUGGGGUGGACAAGGCCGGGGAGGGCCAUGAUGGAGAGAAAGCAGAAGAUCUGCGACGCCGGACUCAGCCGGACCCCCCUUCCACCGACAAGGCGCCUCAGCAGAGGCACCGGAAAGAGGCGAAAGAUGCCCUCCCAGCAGUGACGGGCGGAACCAAGAAGAAGAAGCCGUUCCACUGUAAGCCGUGUCACUUCCAGGCCCAGAACGAGGAGGAGUUCGUGCAGCACCUCAGCAGCCACAGCGUCAGCAAGAUGAUGGUGGUGGACCGGGUAGAGGGCCGCAGCAAGACCAGGACCAAGGAGGCUGAAAGUCCUGAUGCCCCAACGCCAUCGGGGGCAGAACCAGACGCUGAGGCAGCGGGGGGUGACGUCAAAGGGCUGAUCAGGUGUGAGCGCUGUGGCUACAACACCAACCGCUACGACCAUUACAUCGCUCACCUGAAGCACCACAGCAAGGAGGGCGAGGACCACAGGGUGUUUAAGUGUCCUCUGUGUCCCUACACCACGGUGAGUCAGUAUCACUGGAGGAAACAUCUGAGGAAUCACUUCCCCAGUAAACUACACACCUGCAGCCAGUGCUCCUACUUCUCAGACCGCAAGAGCAACUACGUCCAGCAUAUCAGGACACACACAGGUGUCCGUCCCUUCCAGUGCCUCUACUGUGACUACUCCAGCUCCCAGAAGACUCACCUGACACGUCACAUGAGGACUCACUCAGGUGAGCGUCCCUUUAAGUGUGAGAGCUGUACCUACCUGGCAGCCAACCAGCAUGAGGUGACUCGUCACGCCCGUCAGGUCCACAACGGACCCAAACCCCUGUCCUGCCCCUACUGCGAAUACAAGACGGCCGACCGCAGCAACUUCAAGAAACACGUGGAGCUGCACCUCAACCCUCGACAGUUCCUCUGUCCACUCUGCAAGUACGCCGCCUCCAAGAAGUGCAACCUGCAGUACCACAUCAAGUCCAGGCACUCGGGCUGCAACGUCCCCUUAGACGUGUCCCGGGUCAAGCUGCGCCUGAAGAAACCCGGGUCUGACGGCACAGAGGAAACUUCCACAGCAAACAAGUUUGACAGUUCGUCCAGCAUCGAGGAAGACGUGGACGACGGGGACGAGGAGGACUCCAGCCCCAUCAACCUAUCAAUGAGAAAGAACAGCAGGUCCAAUACAGCCCAACCGGUCCAGAACCAGGCAACUGACAAACCUCAGAAGAGAUCAAGCAUCACUUCUGAGAAAAUACCAAAGACCAAGGACAAAGUAGAGCCAGAGAAAAAGGUCCAGACGAGGCAGAAGAAGGUGGAGAAGGUCAACGAGAGUCCCCCCGAGAGUCUUCCUGUCAAAGACACUGCUGCCAUCAAGAGAAGAUCCAAGAAAACCGCCAUCCAGAGCCAAGCAGAAGAACCCAAACCUCACAAAGUCCAAAGAGAGGCGGAGAAACCCGAACAGAGUCCAGAGGAAGUAAUACCAGCCCGACAGAAAGACGACAAAGAGGAACCAAGGGAGAAUCAGAAGAGUCUCAGCAAGAACCUCAGCAAGACCAGGAAGUCCGGAUCAAAGAGGUCAGAGAAAAGUACCGAACCUGUGGAAGAAGCUCCAGAAAAACCAGAAGGUCCAGAGACAAGUCAGAAAGAGAAGGUGGUGAAGGCUGUGAAGAGGAGAGCGGUGGAGGCCCUGGAUCUUUCCAACAAGUCUGAGACUCCCCCCAAGACCCGGCGCCUGAAAGGUGCUGACGCCAACAAGACCAAGGACUCUGGUCCGGCAGCAGAGAAACCCAACGGGAAACCGAACAAGACCAGGAGGUCCAACAAGAAAGUGGCAGAGCAGGCGAUCUCUGAACCCCCUCCUCCUCCUCCUCCUCCUCCUCCUCCUCCUCACGUGGACACGACUCAAGCAUCCAGCACCGACCCAACAGAAGAGAGUCCUCCACAGGCGGCGGCGUCCACACAGGAGACGAGUCCAACAGAACCAGUACCUGACGUCUCAGGACAGGACCGUCCCGCGCCGACCUUCCUCAAACCCGCGUCUCCUCUGCAGCGGAGCAAACCCGUGGACCCCGAGGACGACGAGGGCAUCCACAGCAGCCACGAGGGAGGAAGUGACAUCAGCGACAGCGCCUCCGAGGGCAGCGACGACUCUGGCCUCAAUGGCGCCGGCUCGGGGAAGAUGUCCAACGACCCGGAGACGCCGACUGAUGAGAUCCCGACGCCGACGGAGCUCAAGAGUCACAUGUGCAUCUUCUGUGACCGCACCUUCCCCCUGGAGAUGGAGUACCGGCGCCACCUGAACCGCCACCUGGUCAACGUCUACUACAUGGACGCCACCGCCAACGCCACCGCCACGCCGCCGCAGUGAGGGGACGCAUCCAUGGCAGCGUCUGUAGAUACACAUCACUGUGGUCACAGGAACGGUCCAAGGUCCUGGAAUCUUCUUCUUCUUCUGUUGUCGCACACUGUCACUUUCCCUUCACCAGCCUCCACCACAAACUCAGCGGUUUAGAAAAAACUCAACACUCAGUCAGACCGGCCUGACCCGGCUCGACCCGGCUCAGACCCGGCUCAGACCCCGGCCGGCUCUGACCCGGCUCAGACCUGACUCAGACCCGGCUCGACCCGGCUCAGACCCAGCUCAGACCCCGGCCGGCUCUGACCCGGCUCAGACCUGACUCAGACCCGGCUCAGACCCCGGCCAGACCCGGCUCCGGCCCGGCUCAGACCUGGCUCAGACCCGGCUCUGGCCCGGCUCAGCUUAGUCCGGACCUGUCUGUUAACUCGUGAACUUUAUCAUUCAACCUGCAUGGUCUCGUUUUCUAGUCUUGAUUAGUCUUGUUAUUGAUUGUGAUCAGUUUCUCUCUUAGUGCCUUUGACAAUCAGCUGUUUGUCCAUUGUUGUUGGUCACCAUGGUAACCCCUGACUCCUGACUCCUACCCCUGACUCGUCGAUAAAUGAUCAGUUUGUGUCUGUAAAUAAAGUGAUUGAACCCGAUCAUGUCUCAUCACCUCUGUUCUAGUACAACACUAAUUCAGCUAAUUGAGGGUCUAGAGGGAGGGGUCUGUGUACAGGUAGGGGGCGCUGUUCUUCUAGUCUGCUUCACUGUCUCUUUUUAAAUAAAGUUAUUCAACAUGAAUUCUGAUUCAUUUCUUUGACCUUUUAUUCAGCAGAAACAUGGCACCACAUUUAGAUCAAUAUUAUUAAUAAUUAUGUUAAAUUAAUAAUUACUUUCAUCUUUAUUUGUUCUUCUCAUUAAUAAACAUUUUUUUCACUUUUAGUGAUUAUCGUCUCUGUUCUGAUGAGACUCAUUUUAGAUUAACAGUAAUUAAAUACAUCAUCAGGUUCAGUUCUUUCUGUAUUUUAUUCGUAUAUAAAUAAUAAAUCAAACCCUCCUCAUUAAACUCAGAACUUCCAAACAAUUCAGAUUAAUCUCUAGAUCUGAACUCAGUCGUGUGUAAAUGAGCAGUAGCGCCACCAUGUGGUCAGUAGAAUAUUGUAUCGGCAAACUUCAACACUCAAAGAGGCUUUGGAAAGAAAACACUGGGAGCCACAAAACCGCUUUAACAUCUAAAAUGAAGAUAACACUGCGUACAUCGUUUUCACCUCUAUGUUAGAUCCACAGUGUGUCGCAUUUAUGAAAUGAAAUAACUGCUACAGAGAAAACGAAAUGGCAUUUAUGUAACAGAACAGAUUUACCCGUGGUUGUUUUACCUGGGGUCGAAUAGUCCAAUAAAUAGCUGGACCUGCUGGCAGGUGUCGUACGUCGGCAGUUGUAACGCAUAUUUUGAGCGACAAAAAAUUAAAUACAUUUAAUUUUAAUGUCACAAGAUCAUCAUCAAUUCAAAUUUAGAAUCAUAUUUUU